CGGAAUCGCAUCGCAUCGUAGCCGGGUCCGGUCGCCAAUAUCUACUUCCUCCGGCUAAAAUUUGUGGGACGGAAUCGAACGGAAUCGGGGCGAGUGCUUAUCGCGGUCGCAGCAAACAGCAAAAAGAGUAAUUUGUGAUACCUGUCCGCCGUGUAUUGGCUUGUUCGAGCGCUACGCGCUUAAGUGGUGUUAAUUUUUUAUUAAUUAUUAUCGUAUUUAUUGGCCAGCGUGAAAGUGAAGUGUGCAAGCAAGUAGGCCUCAAGUGCAGCGCCAGAGAGCCAAUAAAUAAAUUACACGGCCAUAUAAAGCCCGUGAUCCUUUGCCUGACUCCCAGCUGCCAAUCCAAACUGCAGCUGAUAAUGCUGCACACAUGCGAACAGCCAUCAACAGCGGCAGCAGCAGAAGCGAACAAAUACCAAUAACAAAGCUCGUAGCCCCAAAUCGAAAUCGAAAUCCCUCCCUUUUUUGUCGCUUUUUUUGUUCACUCCGAUAAGCACUCCAUUCCGGACUGAUUCAAUGCUUAUUUGGGGGACUUUUGGUGGCUAAUUGUUUGACCUGAUAUCAAGUGUGAGCAGCGAGCAGUCGGGGGAUUGAUUGCGGAUUUGUGCCUGAGAGCUGCUGUUUGCUGAAAAUGAUACCGCUUCAGUGGUGUUGACACUCUGACACCCUGACACCCGACCUCUGACCUGGACCCGAAGCCAGCCGGUGCCACCAUGAACUCCUACUUCGACUCGGCCAUCGAGUACAACCGUACGAAUCCCAUCUCACUGGCCAGAUCCAGUGAGCAGGCUCAGACCGUGCAGAAUGAAAAGAACUGGGAGUGGUCAUAUCUGGUGCGAAAAUGCCGUAACCUGGAGCUUGAGGAAUCCUACGAUCUGUACAUGCGCCGCCUGCGCGUUGGCUACCUGUCCCUGUUUAUCUUCAUCCAGGUGGGAGUGACCGUGAUUCACACUCUGCUCCUGCUGACCACGCCGGAGAUCACAUACGUGUACGUUGAUAUGGUGGCCUACAUGUGCUCCGGCCUGGUCAUCUGGCUGGUGCUCUCGGUGAACUUCCGCAGCGAGCUGGUUAGCAAACAUGGCUGGGUGGUGUACGCCUCCUCCUGGCUGGCCGUGUGUGUGAUGGUUCUGAUGGACAUUGGCCUGAAUGUCUACCAUGCCACCAGCCACAACGACAUACUGAAUCCGAUCUACGAUGCGUACACUCUGUACGCCAUAUACAUGUUCAUGCCGGUCCCAUAUUUGCUGCAGCCCAUCGUAUUGGGAUCAGCCGUUACCCUGUGCUACAUCAUCAACUAUAGUUUUGUGAUUACGGCCAAGGAUGACAACCAGAUGCACAGCAUCAUGAACGAGGCCAUCUACUUGAUUUGUGUUAACCUGCUGGGGAUUUUCUUCCGCCUGAUGCGGGAUAUUGCCCUGCGCACGACCUUUCUGGACCGUCGUCAGUACGUGGAGGAGAAUCUACUGCUGCGCUAUGCCAGGGAUCAGGAGCGAAGCCUGUUGCUGAGUAUCCUGCCGGCCCAGAUAGCCGAUCGACUGCAGGAGGACGUGAAGAACCGCAUCGAGCGGUCCAAGCAGCAGCACCAACAGCGAUCCCAGAUGGAUCUGCGAAGGAGUGCCGACAGCCAGACCCUUAAACGGUGGCGUCAGCCGAAUGACGGCACCCUCUUCAUUGAGCCGCACAAUGAUGUAACGGUCCUGUAUGCCGACGUGGUGAACUACACCCACUUGACCACCACUCUGGAUGUGAAGAAGCUGGUGGAAGCUCUGCACGAUCUCUUUGUGCGUUUCGACAUUGCCAGCGAGGAGUACAACGUGCUGAGAAUAAAGUUCCUGGGCGAUUGCUACUACUGUGUGGCCGGACUGGCCAAUCCCAAUGCAGAUCACGCCAAGUGCUGCGUGGAUCUGGGCCUGCGGAUGAUCAAGGACAUUCGCGAUGUCAGGGUCAAACGGCACCUAAAUAUUGACAUGCGAAUCGGAGUCCAUUCCGGUGACGUACUCUCCGGCGUAAUAGGUGCUGCCAAGUGGCAGUUCGACAUCUGGUCAAAGGAUGUGGACAUAGCCAACAGACUGGAGGCCACUGGAGCCACUGGACGGGUGCACGUAAGCCAGAAGACACUCUCUCUGCUGGAUGGCGAGUAUUUCUUUGAAGAUGGCACCGAGAAGGCCCGCGAGGAUCCGGUGCUCCAGAAGCACGGCAUUCGGACCUUUCUGAUCAAGUCGCUGCGGGCCCCCAUGCAUGACCCGCGACGCAGACAGCGGGAGCGCCAGGCGAAGAAGUUGAGUGAGGCCAGCAAGGCGAACUUCAUGCACAACUCCACGUUGCACCAGUACAACCAGGUGCGCAACCAGGCCAAGCUCGAGAUGUGCCGUGAGCUGGACAAGAUGCCCAUCGGCCGUAUACAAUUGACAAAAGUAUUUAGGCGGAGCACGCGCCUAACCCAGGACGAAAUCGAGGAGGAGACCUUUCGUCGCAACAUUAGCUCCUUUUGCCUGUUCUUCCGCAUCCGCAACUGGGAGUUCCAGUACAUGCAGGAGCCGGACGUGAUGCUCAAGUAUAGCAUUGCCCUGUCGUGGGCCAUUUACAUGGGUCUGCUCACAAUUCAGUUGCUGAGCAAGGAUGCCCGCUAUCACUAUUGGUACAUAGAUGGCACUACAAUCAUUCUACUGACCAUGCUGCUGGUUGUAUCCUGGUACAAGAAGCUCUGGAUAAUGUACGUCUCGGAUGCAGAGAUGACCACUCCAAAUAGUAGCCUCAGCGGCUUCCUCUUCCACCUGUCGGACGUAAUGCAACGCAAUGUCUACAUCCGGAUUGUGAUCUACUUUCUGAUCAUCUUUUCGUAUGUGGCUGUGGCAAUAAUGCAAGUGGUGGGAUGCAGCAGUGAAGACGAUUACAUGGACGAUGAUCCGAGUAUAGAGGAGCGAGUGCAAUGCUUUCAUCCUUGGAUUCUCACCAACUGCAUGACCCUGAUCAUUGGCAUGUCCUUCCUUUUCACAAGGAUACCCUUCAUCGUCAAGGCCUGCUUCUCCGCUCUGAUCACGUUUGCCUAUGCGGCUCUGGUGGUGUUUGAAUUUAACUAUAUUUAUUCAAGCAGUCCUUCGACCAACGUCAACUUCAAUGCCCGGUACUCACACAUCCUGCUGAUGAUCAUCACGCUGGGCAUCUUCCACUUGAUGGAGCGCCAAACGGAGUUCAUAGCCAAAGUGGACUACAACUGGAAGCGGCAACUUUUGAAAAAGCAGGAGGAUGCUCUGAUCACCAAUGACACCAUCAAGGUGCUUCUAACCAACAUUUUACCCUCUCACGUUGCUGACUUUUAUCUAUCAAACCAACUGCAGAACGAACUCUACUACGAGGAAUACGACAAUGUGGCCGUGAUGUUUGCCUCGAUCAAGAACUUUGACACCGAUAAGAUUGGACUGCGGGUCCUUAACGAGAUCAUCUGUGACUUUGAUGAUGUGCUGAACAAAUACUCCCAGUCCCUGCGAGUGGAGAAGAUCAAGGUGGCCAACUGGACGUACAUGGCAGCUUGUGGCCUGGACGUCUCCCGCUCGGAACAGGUUAAUGCGCCCCAGAUGAAGUUCCGCAACGUCUCCCUCAUGCCCAAUGGACGAAGAAGUCGCUACGACGGAGCCCGUAGCUCCAAUGCAGAUGGAGUGCAGCGCGUGCCGUACGGAAACGGAAGCAACAUCGCCUUGGAUCUCGAUCUAGAGAGGGGUCAGUACGAGGGCAAUGUGGUGACGAAUCAGCCGCGGAUUAGCACCACGCAGAGCGGCAGCAACAGCGGCAGCGAGGUGGUCCGGGUAAUGGCCGAAUUUGCCCUGGAUCUGAUGCGGACGAUGCGGCGAUUCAACGCGGAAAAUAUGCAGACGGAGUACGCGGGGAGCACCGAUUAUGGAAUGCUCCGGAUCGGUAUUUCCCACGGGCGGGCCAUGGCCGGCGUGGUGGGUAUUUCUAAGCCGCACUAUGACAUCUGGGGCAAUCCCGUCAACAUGGCUUCGCGCAUGGACUCUACCGGUGUGCCUGGACAGAUACAGGUCACCGAAAACACGGCCCUCAAGCUGCGAGAGUUCAACAUCCAGUGCAAUUACCGUGGCAUGACCUUUGUGAAGGGACGUGGCGACAUACCCACCUACAUUAUUGGCACCGACAAAGACUACGAGUUCCUGCCACACCGACCCACCGCAGGAACCAAAGAAGACUAGCUGAAAUUACCAGAGAUUAGAUCUAAGGCAUUCCGUGUAUAUUUAAAAAAAAAAUAAAAAAGGUAUCCACGCGUUCAAGA